AUGGGGCAGUGCCAUGGGCGGCCGUCCGGCCUGUUGAAGGGGGGGCGGUCGUCGCCCGCGCAGUUUCUUCACUUUUAUUUGCUUUUUUCGCCCCGGCAUCGAUUAGGGCGGGGGAAAGCGGGGAAAACGGCGAGGGUGGCCCACCCAGGCCCUUCCGGGAGCUUGGCCUUGGGCUCGGCAGAAGUGCGCCCAACGCCCUCCACGCCAGGGGAACGAUCGGCGGGGGGUUUACCGCGUUCGGGCGAAACUUCGCCGCUGGGGGAAUUCCACUGCCUUCGCGGGCGCGCGGCCUGGCGGGGUCGCCGUCCGGGGGUCGUGCGAGGGAUUCGAAGCGGUCUUUUCACCUCUUGGCGCCUCGCGAGCGACUUUCACAGGCCGCCGACGGAUUCCGAGAUCGCGGCGGACCUCGCGGUGCUCGGGAUGAGCGGCGAAUCCGACCUGACGGAGGGGAAUCUGAAAAAACACUACCGCGGGUUGGUCCGUCGGCACCACCCCGACGCCGGCGGGGAGGCGCCCGCGAUGGUGCGGGUCUCCCUCGCCUACCACCGCCUGAAGGCGCUCACCGACGACGAGCGGGCGGCCUUCGCGCGCCGCGCCCGCGGGGGGUCCCGCGAGGCCGGGGGGCCGUCAACGCAUUCCACCCCCGCCUCGCCGGGGGGGCGGGGCUGGAAUUACGCCGCGGCGGGCCCCCCAAACGAUCCGCACGGGCGCCCGGACGAUGGGUUUGCCCCUCAUAAAGGGGCGGCGGGGUUUAACCCCACCGCGGGCCCCCCGCGCGGUGAGGACUUUUGGAGCCAUUACUACCAGCGCCUUCGCCGGGAAUUUUACCAUUCCCACGGUGGCGCCCAAUCGGCCGCCUUCUCCGAGAGUCCCUUUGGGCACCCCAACGUGUUUUAUCGGGCCCCGUCCUUUCGCCGCGUCCGGGCGCCGCGGCUGUCGAUUCUGCUUCUUCACCUUUUUAUUAUUUAUUUACUCCUCGCCCUGCUCUACGCGCGAUGGCGGGAUGGGCUGGAGGAGCGCGGCUGGCGCGUCGCCGAGCGGCUCGCGCGGUAUGAGCAAUUAGAGGAGCUCCAUCGCCUUCGCCGCGCCCUCGCGGGGGAGGGGGGGUCGCACGGCGACCCCCCCUCCCCGGCGGAAAACCACUCCCCCGAGGCGGCUUUCACGCGCGAGUUUCGGGCGCUGGUCUACGCCCGGCAGCGGCAGGCGGCGUUGGGGUCGCGCGCGGACGGGUGGCCGCGGAUCACCGAUGACGAGGGAAGGCUCGUGCGGGAUCCGCGAGAUCCGGUGGGGGUGUUCUCGUACGAACCUCGACUUUCCCCUCCCCUUUUUCAAGAGCCCGAGGAGGGGGAAAAGGAUGGUGAUCCAUCCACAUCACCCCAAGGAUUGGAUGGCGGGUGUGGGGGCGAUGCGUCGGCGGUGGCUGGAUCUGCAAAGAUGGAUGCGCGAGAUGCCCUGAACGAGAUCUUCCGGGCGGAAAAAUCGGCUCCAAAGUCUAAUACGGCAUGA